AUGGCCGCCACAACAGCCACCUCGUCCUCGUCCAGAGACCCCGUCGCCACCAUCCUCAACCACGCCGCGCACUCCUACAGCUUCCGCUUCUCGCCGUUCCUCCGCCAGACGUACCAAGUCGGCCUCUCCCCCGACCGCCCGAUAUGCAAAGCCUUCCAGGCGGGCAGCUGCCCCAACGGCACGCGCUGCUCGGAGCGCCACGUCUCGGACGGCCGCUCCAAGGACGGCUCGCAGCAGCAGCAGCAGCAGCACCCGUCGGGCGGGCUCAACUCGCUGGUGUGCAAGCACUGGCUGCGUGGCCUGUGCAAGAAGGGCGAGCAGUGCGAGUUCUUGCACGAGUACAACCUGCGUAAGAUGCCCGAGUGCAACUUCUUCAUGCGCAACGGGUACUGCUCCAACGGCGAGGAGUGUCUGUAUCUGCACGUCGAUCCGCUGUCGAAGCUGCCGCCGUGUCCGCACUAUGAUAUGGGCUUUUGCCCGCUGGGCCCGCUGUGCGCGAAGAAGCAUGUGAGGAGGAAGUUGUGCGUGUACUAUCUCGCGGGGUUCUGUCCUGAUGGGCCGGAGUGCAAGAUGGGCUCGCAUCCGAAGUGGUCCAAGGAUUUGGAGAAGCCUGUGCCUAAGAGCGCGGAGAAGAGUGAGGAUGAGGUGAAGCCGGAUAUGAGGCAGUUGUUUGGGGGGGAUGAUGAUGGGGAUCGGUUUAGGGAUGGGGGGAGGGGGGAGAGGGAGGAUCGUGGGCAUGGGAGACAUGGAAGGGGAGGAGGGGGAAGAUGGAGAGGCGGAGGUGGACGGGGGAGGUAUAGGAGUAGGGGACAUUGA